CCCCUCCUGACGUCAGUCCGGGCCAUUCGUUCAUUGCGAGCACAUUGUUGUUCUUCAACAUAAACAAUGGCUCUAAUGUUCUUCGAUACUGCGGGUCAAUCGGAUCUUGGAAACAGGGAAAAGUUAAUCGAAAGUGAUGAUGAUGUGGAUUUCGAAGGAUCUGACCUAGACCCCGCGCGAAUAAAACUAAAAAAGCAAUCCAAAAAGGAAGCGAAAGCCCCUGCAAUCAACGACAUCGACCUAGACGAGUUCGAAGCUGACAUGGGCUGGAAGACGACGAAAUCGAAGAAAUCUCCAGCCCCGAAGGCUCUCGACGUCGAGGAACUGUCGCGGGCGGUCGACCCAGUGGAUAAAAUCCUCCAGAAAACAGCGAUAAAGCCAGGAUUCGAGAAAUUAACUCACGUCCCAAAAUACGAAAUAAGCAGGAGACAGAGGAAAGCGAGAGCUGAGAGAGAGCGUGAACGAUCUAAAGGGAAGAAAUGGUUCAACCUCCCAGCGACAGAGAUGACUGACGAAGUCAAGCAUGACCUUGAGAUCAUUCAAAUGCGAUCUGUUCUGGAUCCGAAGCAAUUUUACAAGAAGAACGAUGUCAAGGCGCUUCCGAAAUUCUUCCAAAUUGGAAAAGUUGUGGACAGUCCACUGGACUUUUAUCACGGGAGACUGACGAAGAAGGAGAGGAAGCGAACGAUCGUUGAUGAGCUGAUGGCUGACGCUGAAUUCGCCAAAUAUAAUAAGCGAAAGUACAAGGAAAUCGUUGAUGAGAAGAGGCAGAUGCAUUACAAGGCUCAUCGACAUGCGAGAAAAUUGAAGGGGAAGAAGAAAUAAUUUUUGGAUAUGUAUUUUUGGGGCUGCAUAAAGAAUUGAAUAAAAUAAUUUUUGUAUU